ACGCCCCGCAUCCCCGCGGACGCCGAUGGCUGGGCCUGCCGCCUGUGCCUCUGGGGCGGCGGGCCCCGGACGUCAGAGCUACACGCACACUAGAAAAGUUUUGCGGCCUGCGGCGGGCGCGACGGCUGUUGGAUCCCGUGCCGCCGCCUCGCCUCGCCCGUUCUCGGUACGCCAGCGACCCCGUCACUGUAGCUGCGUGCCUGCGCGGCCCUGCGCUUGCUUCGCCCUCGCUUCGCUCCAAACGAUAGAGCUGGGGCAGGCUGAGCGACCGCGAGCUUGACCCGGGCGCACGUCGGCUCGCACUGUCGCACCCAGCCAUGUCGGCGCCUGGAUUCGAUGACCCCCAGCUUCCGCCGCUGCGGCUGCGCGCCUCGUGCGGCGGCAGCGGCGGCGUGAUCGCCAGCCCACGCUCCUGCUCCUCCUCUGAUACCUUCGUCAGCAUGCGUUCCACGCCCUCAGCCUCAGGUAUGCCGAAUCUGUGCGGCGGGCUACGGUCUCCACCUCGCACGCCGUCGGAGGCGUCUUCGUCGGAGAUGGAGUUCGGGACGGCCCGCGAGUACGACACCACUGAUCCGUUCUUCAGUGACUACUGGCUGUACGACAACCACCUGUUCCACAGCAAGCUAGAGAGCGACGGCAGCGAAGGGGAGGACAAGUUCGUUGUUGGUCCUGACGUCAGCUUGCAGCGGAGUGAGGUGCGGGAGCUUGGCGACGGAUGCGGUCGCGGGCACGUACGUACAGACCGCAAUGCGGACUCUGAUGGGUGCACAGAUGCGAAUGCUUGCUCGUCGCCACCUUGCGGUUGCUGCUAUAAUGAGGAGUUGGUGGUGAGAGAUUCUUGCUCCGCUGUUUAUGGGAGGUGUCAGAUCAUGGAGGACCACGCGGAGGGGCUUGAUGAGUGCGUUGCAGAAGCGUUCCGGUUCAGACUGAAUGCGUUUGUUGAUGCUGGCGACCAGUCAGUGGCUUCCAAGAAAGGACAGGACGACUGGCUGGAUCUUACUGUUCUGGAGAAGGAACUUCAAAUGCUUACUCCGCACUUGGCUGAUGCAGAUGCUCUUGAGAAUACUGGACUUGAAGAUGACUUGAGAGGGAAUAUCAACCUAGAUGUCUGUAUGGUAACAAACGAGAAAAAUGCUGAUGGCAAAGAAUUUCUAAAAGAUACUUACUGCAUACAUUCUUUACCUGAGAGUGCAAUCCCUUUUGAUGUUUAUGGUGUGGAAGACUUCAAGCAGGAGUAUGAGGUAUUUGACCUGAAAAUUUUCCACCGGAAGAGCAGGACAGGCUUUGAGGAAAACAAAGAAUUCGCUAUUGUCAUGGAUUCAGUUGUAGCUGGAAGAUAUCGUAUCACUGAGUAUCUUGGUUCUGCUGCAUUCAGCAAGGUUGUCCGGGCACACGACCUCCACACUGGAGUUGAUGUAUGCCUUAAAAUAAUAAAAAAUGACAAGGAUUUCUUUGACCAGAGUUUGGAUGAGAUAAAGCUCCUCAAGUUUGUCAAUAAAUAUGAUCCAGAUGAUGAUCAUCAUAUACUGCGUCUCUAUGAUUAUUUUUAUUAUCAGGAACAUCUCUUCAUUGUCACUGAAUUACUACGUGCAAACCUUUAUGAGUUUCAGAAAUAUAAUCAGCAGUCUGGUGAUGAGGUGUACUUUUCACUGCCCAGAAUACAGGCUAUAGCUCAACAAUGUUUGGAGGCUUUGGUGUACUUGCAUCAUCUAAACAUAGUUCACUGUGAUCUGAAACCAGAGAAUAUCCUUCUGAAGAGCUACAGCAGAUGUGAAAUCAAAGUCAUUGAUCUUGGAAGCAGCUGCUUCUUGUCAGACAACUUAAACUUAUAUGUUCAGUCACGUUCUUAUCGAUCUCCUGAGGUCAUCCUGGGUUUGCCAUAUGAUCAGAAAAUUGACAUUUGGUCUCUUGGCUGCAUCUUAGCUGAACUGUACACUGGGGAAGUGCUCUUUCCUAAUGAAUCAGUACCAAUCAUUCUUGCUCGUAUGAUUGGGACAAUUGGUCCAAUUGAUAUGGAAAUGCUUGCCUCAGGACAGGAGACCCAGAAGUACUUCACAGAUGACUAUGACCUUUUCCACAAGGACGAGGAAACGGGUCAGUUGGAGUAUUUGAUCCCAGAGAAAUCCUCUUUGCGGCGCCACUUGCAGUGUCCGGACAAGAAAUUUGUUGAAUUUCUGUCUUACCUGCUGCAAAUAAAUCCCAGAAACAGACCAACGGCUAGCGAAGCAUUGCAACACCGAUGGCUUUCGUUCAAAUAUAGUCCAACGGCCAAUCAAACUCGUUACUGACAAGUAGGCUUCACUUUCUGAAGCUAUUGGCCCUUGAAACAACAUGUUUCAUUGUAAUACUCAAGUUGUAUACCAAGAAUAAUAAAGAGAGCUCCUCAUUUUGUGUGUCUUAUUUGCAUCAUAAAAAGAGCACCUAUGUAAUGGAGAGUGACUAAAUAAAACAAUUAUUCUAAAAUAAAGAAAAAGUGCAUUUGUUGGAGUUUUAUGUGUUGUGCAUUAAAUAAAAUAAUGAGGUAUUAAUUAUUUGAAACUUGAUUUAACCCAAAAUUUGAAAUUAGGGUUUUGAAAAUAAGGAGAAGAGAAGAGAUAGGAAAAUAUAAAUAAAAUGUAUAAAUAAUUAUCUUCAGCCUUAGUAUGUUUAAGUGCAAAACUAGAGUUUAUAAAUAAAGAUCCACAAAAGUUUGAAGUAAUUCAAAUUGAGUUU